UAUCACGGUAAUGGUUGAGGGGAGCGCAGUACGAGCGAGGUUACCUGUGCGCCGAUCCCUUGCCCUAGGGAUCCACUUCAGAUCCAUACCAUGACCGUUGGUCGUUUCGGCUCUGUGAGCCUCGUAUUCGCUUCAUCACUGGUCCACGGGCAGUCUCCAAGGCAAUGCUUCUUUCACGCAGCGUUCUUUAGACAUGAUAUCCGUGGGCGUUUACAUAAAACGGCAUCCUGGCCCGGCGCAUUUGCUAUUCCUUUACACAUAAAAUACACAAACAGGAUUCCUCAAUAUAUGAGUUUCUGCGCAAUACAGAUCUAUUGACCAUAAAUCCAAGAGACUAUGAUGUGAGUUCUCUGUGCAAGAUGUUUGGAUCAAGACUAAAACCUGGCGACGCUCUUGAACCAA